AUGGGUGACGCUGCCAUGAAAGAGUUUGGGGCAGCAGCUCCUUACCUAAGGAAGUCAGACAAGGAGCGUCUGGAGGCCCAGACACGUCCCUUUGACAUGAAGAAGGAAUGCUUUGUUCCUGAUACUGAGGAGGAGUAUGUCAAGGCAUCCAUUACCAGCCGUGAGGGGGACAAAGUCACUGCUCAGACAGCCAAAGGGAAGACGGUUACUGUGAAGGAGUGUGAUGUCCACCCUCAGAACCCGCCGAAGUUUGAUAAAAUUGAAGACAUGGCGAUGUUCACCUUUCUUCAUGAGCCCGCUGUGCUGUUUAACCUCAAAGAGCGUUAUGCAGCAUGGAUGAUCUAUACUUAUUCUGGGCUGUUCUGUGUGACUGUCAACCCAUACAAGUGGCUUCCAGUGUAUAACCACGAAGUGGUUCUUGCCUACAGAGGAAAGAAGAGGAGUGAAGCUCCUCCUCAUAUCUUCUCCAUCUCUGACAAUGCCUAUCAGUACAUGUUGACAGAUAGAGAAAAUCAGUCAAUUCUUAUCACUGGAGAAUCUGGUGCUGGGAAAACCGUCAACACCAAGAGAGUCAUCCAGUAUUUUGCAAGUAUCGCAGCUGGAGGUGGGAAGAAGGAAGGAAGCUCUGAGAAAAAGGGCACCCUGGAGGAUCAAAUUAUCCAGGCUAACCCUGCUUUGGAGGCUUUUGGAAAUGCCAAGACAAUUAGGAAUGACAACUCCUCCAGAUUUGGCAAAUUCAUCCGAAUUCACUUUGCGGCCAGUGGAAAGCUGGCCUCUGCUGAUAUUGAGACUUACCUGUUGGAGAAGUCCCGUGUCACUUUCCAGCUCAAAGCUGAGAGGGAUUACCACAUCUUCUACCAGAUUCUGUCUCAGAGGAAACCUGAGCUGCUGGAGAUGUUACUUAUCACCAACAACCCCUAUGAUUACGCCUUCAUCUCUCAAGGAGAGACGACAGUCGCCUCCAUCAAUGAUGCUGAAGAAUUAAUAGCAACAGACGAAGCCUUUGAUGUGCUGGGCUUCACUCAAGAAGAGAAGAACGGCAUUUACAAGCUGACUGGUGCCAUUAUGCAUUACGGUAACAUGAGGUUCAAGCAGAAGCAGAGAGAGGAGCAGGCCGAGGCCGAUGGCACUGAAGAUGCUGACAAAGUUGCAUAUCUGAUGGGAUUAAACUCUGCUGACCUCAUCAAGGGUCUCUGUCACCCAAGAGUUAAAGUGGGAAAUGAGUGGGUCACCAAGGGACAGAAUGUCCAGCAGGUGUACUACGCAAUCGGUGCAUUGUCUAAGUCAGUGUAUGAAAAGAUGUUCCUGUGGAUGGUGGUGAGAAUUAACCAAUCUCUGGACACCAAGCAGCCACGCCAGUACUUCAUUGGUGUACUGGACAUAGCUGGAUUUGAGAUUUUUGAUUUUAACACCUUUGAGCAGCUGUGCAUCAAUUUCACCAAUGAAAAACUGCAACAGUUUUUCAACCACCACAUGUUUGUGUUGGAACAAGAGGAGUACAAAAAAGAGGGGAUUGAAUGGACUUUCAUAGACUUUGGCAUGGAUUUGCAGGCUUGUAUAGACCUGAUUGAAAAGCCAAUGGGUAUCAUGUCCAUCCUUGAAGAGGAGUGCAUGUUCCCCAAGGCCAGCGAUUCCACCUUUAAAGCGAAGCUAUAUGACAACCAUCUGGGGAAAUCCAGCAACUUUCAGAAGCCCAGGAUUAUUAAAGGAAGACCAGAGGCCCAUUUCUCCCUGGUUCACUAUGCUGGUACUGUUGAUUAUAAUAUCAACAACUGGCUGGUGAAGAACAAGGACCCCCUGAAUGAGACUGUUGUUACACUAUACCAGAAGUCUAAUCUAAAACUUUUAGGCGUCCUAUUUGCAAAUUACGCGGGAGCUGAUGAUCCUAUUUCUUUAUUAGGUGAGGGUGGAAAGGGAGGGAAGAAGAAGGGUUCUUCCUUUCAGACAGUAUCUGCUUUGCACAGGGAGAACUUGAACAAGCUGAUGACCAACUUGAGGUCUACUCACCCUCACUUUGUACGCUGCAUCAUCCCCAACGAGUCCAAGAAUCCUGGGGCCAUGGAGAAUCCUCUGGUGAUGCACCAACUACGCUGUAACGGUGUGCUGGAGGGCAUCAGGAUCUGCAGAAAGGGUUUCCCCAACAGGAUCCUCUAUGGAGAUUUCAAACAGAGAUACCGCAUCCUGAAUCCUGCUGCAAUCCCAGAGGGCCAGUUCAUUGACAGCAGGAAAGGGGCUGAGAAACUACUUGGUUCUCUAGAUAUUGAUCAUAAUCAAUAUAAGUUUGGACACACAAAGGUAUUCUUCAAGGCUGGUCUCCUUGGGCAACUCGAGGAGAUGAGAGAUGACCGUCUGUCUCUCAUCAUCACUGGAAUUCAGGCUCGAUCAAGGGGUCUGCUGGCAAGAGUGGAAUUCCAGAAGAUUGUUGAACGAAGGGAUGCAUUACUGGUCAUCCAGUGGAACAUCCGUGCAUUCAUGGGAGUCAAGAAUUGGCCCUGGAUGAAGCUCUUCUUCAAGAUCAAACCUCUGCUAAGAUCUGCUGAGGCAGAGAAAGAGAUGGCUAACAUGAAGGAAGAAUUCCUCAAGUUGAAAGAAGCAUAUGCAAAGUCUGAGGCUCGUAGGAAGGAACUAGAGGAGAAAAUGGUCUCACUUCUCCAAGAGAAGAAUGACCUGCAGCUCCAUGUACAGGCUGAGCAAGAUAAUCUUGCAGAUGCUGAAGAGAGAUGUGAGGGGCUGAUAAAGAACAAGAUCCAAAUGGAGGCAAAAGCCAAAGAGUUGAGUGAGCGGCUGGAGGAUGAGGAGGAGAUGAAUGCUGAACUGACUGCUAAGAAGAGGAAGCUUGAAGAUGAGUGCUCUGAGUUGAAGAAAGACAUUGACGAUUUAGAGUUAACCCUAGCUAAGGUGGAAAAAGAGAAGCAUGCCACUGAGAAUAAGGUGAAGAACCUGGUCGAGGAAAUGGCUUCUCUUGAUGAAAUCAUUGCAAAGCUGACCAAAGAGAAGAAAGCCUUACAGGAAGCUCACCAGCAAACACUGGAUGACUUGCAGAGUGAGGAAGACAAAGUCAAUACUCUGACUAAAGCCAAGGCUAAGCUGGAGCAGCAAGUGGAUGAUCUUGAAGGUUCGCUGGAACAAGAGAAAAAGGUGAGAAUGGACCUUGAAAGAGCAAAGAGAAAGUUGGAGGGAGACUUGAAAUUGACCCAGGAGAGCCUAAUGGACCUGGAAAAUGACAAGCAGCAACUUGAAGAGCGUCUUAAAAAGAAAGACUUUGAAGUCAAUCAGCUCAACAAUAGAAUAGAGGAUGAACAGGCAAUUGGCAUUCAACUUCAAAAAAAGCUGAAGGAGCUUCAGGCUCGCAUUGAGGAACUGGAGGAGGAACUGGAAGCAGAGCGAGCUGCCAGAGCCAAGGUGGAGAAGCAGAGAGCUGACUUGGCCAGAGAGCUGGAGGAGAUCAGUGAGAGGCUGGAGGAGGCUGGUGGAGCAACCGUUGUUCAGAUUGAGAUGAACAAGAAGAGGGAGGCUGAGUUCCAGAAACUCCGCAGAGACCUUGAAGAGGCCACUCUGCAGCACGAAGCCACCGCUGCCACGCUCAGGAAGAAACAAGCUGACAGUGUGGCUGACCUGGGGGAGCAGAUUGAUAAUCUGCAGAGAGUCAAACAGAAACUGGAGAAGGAGAAGAGUGAGCUCAGACUGGAACUGGAUGAUGUGGUCUCCAACAUGGAACACAUAGUGAAGACAAAGACAAAUCUUGAGAAGACAUGCAGGACUUUGGAAGAUCAGAUGAGUGAAUACAAAACUAAAUUUGAAGAGGCUCAGCGAUGUAUCAAUGACUUCAAUAUGCAAAAAGCAAAGCUGCAAACAGAAAAUGGUGAGCUCUCAAGGCAACUAGAGGAAAAAGACUCCCUGGUGUCUCAACUUACGAGGGGAAAACUCUCCUACACUCAACAGAUUGAGGACCUAAAAAGACAACUGGAGGAAGAGACAAAGGCCAAGAAUGCGCUAGCACAUGCAGUGCAGUCUGCCCGCCAUGACUCUGACCUGCUGAGAGAGCAAUAUGAGGAGGAGCAGGAGGCUAAGGCUGAACUGCAGCGUGGCAUGUCAAAGGCUAACUCUGAGGUGGCUCAGUGGAGAACCAAGUAUGAAACGGAUGCCAUCCAGAGAACCGAGGAGCUGGAGGAGGCUAAGAAAAAGCUGGCUCAGCGUCUGCAGGAAGCUGAGGAGGCUGUUGAGGCAGUGAAUGCUAAAUGUUCCUCUCUGGAGAAGACUAAACACAGACUACAGAAUGAGAUUGAAGAUCUCAUGGUGGAUGUGGAAAGAUCUAAUGCUGCUGCUGCUGUCCUGGACAAGAAGCAAAGAAACUUUGACAAGGUCUUGUCUGAGUGGAAACAGAAGUAUGAGGAAUCACAGUGUGAGCUGGAAAGCUCCCAGAAAGAGGCCAGGUCUCUGAGCACUGAACUCUUCAAAUUGAAGAACUCCUAUGAAGAAUCUCUGGACCAUUUGGAGACGAUGAAAAGGGAGAACAAGAAUCUACAAGAGGAGAUAUCUGACCUUACUGAGCAACUUGGUGAGAGCGGAAAGAACAUCCAUGAACUGGAGAAACUAAGGAAACAAUUGGAACAAGAAAAGAGCGAGAUCCAAUCAGCUCUUGAGGAAGCUGAGGCUUCACUGGAGCAUGAAGAGGGAAAAAUUCUGAGAGCCCAGCUUGAGUUCAAUCAAGUUAAAGCUGAUAUUGAACGCAAACUAGCUGAGAAGGAUGAGGAGAUGGAACAGUGCAAGAGGAACUUGCAAAGGAACGUCGACACCCUCCAGAGCUCUCUUGAAGCUGAGUGUCGCAGCAGGAAUGAGGCCCUCCGCUUGAAAAAGAAGAUGGAAGGAGAUCUCAAUGAGAUGGAGAUUCAGCUAAGCCAAGCCAACAGGCAGGCAGCUGAGGCCCAGAAACAGCUUAAGACUAUUCAUGCUCAUCUUAAGGAUUCCCAAAUCCAACUGGAUGAGUCCCUACGAGCCAAUGAUGAUCUUAAGGAGAACAUUGCGAUCGUUGAGAGACGCAACAACUUACUUCAAGCAGAACUGGAGGAGUUGAGGUCUGCUCUCGAGCAAACUGAGAGAGGCCGAAAGCUUGCUGAGCAAGAGUUGUUGGAUGUCAGUGAGAGGGUGCAACUACUGCACUCACAGAAUACCAGCCUGAUAAACCAGAAGAAGAAGCUGGAGGGUGAUGCAUCCCAGCUUCAGUCAGAGGUGGAGGAGGCAGUGCAGGAGUGCAGGAACGCUGAAGAAAAGGCCAAGAAAGCCAUUACUGAUGCUGCCAUGAUGGCAGAGGAGCUGAAGAAAGAGCAGGACACUAGCGCUCACCUGGAGCGUAUGAAGAAGAACAUGGAGCAGACCAUCAAGGACCUGCAGCACCGCCUGGAUGAAGCUGAACAGAUUGCCAUGAAGGGAGGCAAGAAGCAAGUCCAGAAGCUCGAGGCCAGGGUCAGAGAGCUAGAGAAUGAAGUGGAGUCUGAGCAGAAGAAGAGCAGCGAGGCAAUCAAGGGAAUCCGUAAAUAUGAGAGACGCAUCAAGGAGCUCACAUACCAGACUGAGGAAGACCGUAAAAAUAUGGUCCGACUCCAGGAUCUGGUUGAUAAAUUGCAGCUGAAAGUCAAAGCCUACAAGAGAGCUGCUGAGGAGGCUGAGGAACAGGCCAACAGUAAUCUCACCAAGUUCCGUAAGCUGCAGCAUGAGCUGGACGAGGCUGAGGAAAGAGCUGACAUUGCCGAGUCUCAGGUCAACAAGCUGCGUGCCAAGAGCCGUGAUGUGGGGUCUAAGAAAGGGCUAGAUGAGGAGUGAAACUCACAGAUGGCCAUCUAAGACCUUUUGGGAUCUCCAGUGGUUUAACCCCCUCUGUCUCCAAAGUGAAUCUAUAGAAUAAAUUAAAU